CUUCACACUGCUGCUCAGAAGUGAUAUACAGACAAAGUGAAUUUUUCCAUUUUUUCCCCACAAUGUCAUCGAUCUAACUGUACAUUUUUUCCUUGUGGUUUAUCCAUCAAACUUAAUUUUUUCAACCCUUCUUUGGAAGAGGAACAAAUGGAUCCUGAAGCAAUUUACUUUGACUACCAGGAUCCCGCUACUCUUACAGAUGAGGUGUGUCGAAAGGAACGAGUGGCCGAAAUUGGAUCCAUCGUUAUCCCGUUAUUCUUCGGCAUUGUGGUUAUCCUCAGUCUCUGUGGUAACAGUUUGGUUCUGGCGAUUCUUGCAUAUUAUGAGAAUCUCAAAUCGUUGACCAACAUCUUCAUUCUCAACCUGGCGAUAUCGGACCUGCUGUUCACUGUCGGAUUGCCGUUCUGGGCUUGUUACCACAUCUGGGGUUGGACUCUCGGAGAACCAGCGUGCCAAGCCGUCUGCUUCAUCUUCUACGCCGGGUUUUACAGCAGCAUCGUGUUCCUGGUGCUGAUGACCAUUCAGCGCUACAUAGCUGUAGUGCAUCCUCUCUCAGACUGGGAAAGAGGACAGAGGUUGGCACUAGUCCCCUAUCUCGCCUGGGCAUUCAGCAUCGCGGCGGCUUUGCCGGCUCCAUUCUACAGCUCUUUAAUGGCUGACCCAGCAAACCCUUCCCAACUCUACUGUGAGUAUAAUUCCACCGAGGCGGAACUCGCGCUCACGUACGAACAGAACGGCUUUUUCGUCCUCACCUUUGCGAUUAUGGGUUUCUGUUACGUGAACAUUCUCCGGACUAUCUUCAGGGCGAGAACGAACAAGAGACACCGGACUAUCCGACUCAUCUUCACGAUCGUAGUCGUCUUCUAUCUCGGCUGGGCUCCUUACAACCUGGUGAUUUUUUUACAAACCUUCACCUAUCUCAAGGUCGAGUUUUUCACAGACUGCGAUGUCACGAAGCAUCUGGACUACGCCGAAUACGUCUGUAAGCUGUUGGCGUUUUCACACUGCUGCCUUAAUCCCGUGUUUUAUGUUUUCGUCGGGGUGAAAUUCAGGAAUUAUCUAAAGGAGAUCCUGCAGAAAAUUUUUCAAAGGCCACCCAUCACGAGUGCGCCCCAAACACGAACCGCUCAAGCACAGUCAAUGGGCUCCUUGUACUGAUACUGUAACAACCAUGGAAGCAGUGAUCGAACUGUCCGAUUCAGUGUAAAUAAGUCUGUGACUUUGUUGGACUAACUGCUUGAAAUGUAGUACUGCAGAGCUUAUUGUGUCACGGUACUGAAAACUGUUUAUAGUAUUGAUAUGUAGAAGUGCAAGGUCCUUUAAGGGUGCUGUAUGUAGUGCUUUACCUGAGCUGUUUUGUGAAAGUGUUAGAAAUAUGUAAAAAAAAAAAGAAAGAAAAAAAAGCUACAUAGAUUCGCUGUCCACUAGGAACAACUGUAGUUCCAUGCACUCAACAUGUAGUGUUUUAGUUAAUAUUCACAACAAAAAUCCUCAAAAAAAAAAAGGAAAAAAAUAUUCUCAGGGAUUCCGACCGAUGGUGCUGGAUAAGCAGGUCCAAAUAUUGAACUUGCAUGGAUUUUUUAUUUCAUUUUUUUUUAAUGCCAACAGUCUAUACAUUUCAUAGAGUUACACAGAUUCAGAGAUAAGAGCGGACAGUUCGGAUUUGGGCUGACACUGUAACUUUUUAGUUUUUUGGAGCAACAGCACUUUACAGAAAAAGCUCUCUCAUCAAAUCUCAUUCAGAAUGCGUCACAACAGCAGGGUUCGACUCCUAGAUGGACAUAAAAAAAUCUGCCAGCUGGUCUUUAUUUUAUGUACAGGUGGUUUCUAAUGAAAGUAAAAAAAAAGUACAAUGUGUAUACUAUUUUUAUAAUUAAAGAUGAUGAUUGGAUCUGGCUAAGAAUGUGGCUAAGAACAGUGGAAGAAGGAAGUUGUCAGUAGAUUAAUAAAUAUAAUAGUUUAUGUUAAAAUAAAUACCACAGCACGAUGACAGUAAUAUUCACAUUGUGUUUACUUCCUGAAUGUUCAUGUCACUGUUGAUGCCAGGAACCUUUGUGACGCAAUUUAGAAUAUAACCUUUAAAAAAAUGUU